AUGCAGUCGUCGGGAGGUGCAGGCGGCGACGUGGACCGCGCUCUGAGCAGUAUCCGAGCGCGUGCUGAUCACUUGCGCCAUACAGUCGCUCGUCUGGAGCACAACUUGGCAUGGAACCCAGCGAGUACCUGGCCAGAGCUGCUGAGUCAGUACAUGGUGAUUGCCAAGCAGCUGGAGAACAUGAACGAGGAGAUUCCUGACCUCGUGCAGCACUUUGCGUGCGUGCCGAGAAUGUCGACGCCGAAUCCUGCAGACAUUCCGCUGUUGCUGAGGACGCGGGAGGAUCCGGAGAUGGAGGAGGAAGAACGGCAGCUUGUGGCCGACAAAGCGCGCGAGAAGAAUGCGGAAGCGCUGCAGAAGCUGGUGGCCGCUCACAAUGAUGCGGUUGAGGGCUUGGAAGAGACAUUUAACGACAUGUCGGACGGGCUGCUCAAGGCUAUCCGCGUCAACAAGUACGUGGUCAAGUCCAAGCCGCAGAGCACGCAGAGCCAGCAGUUCAAAUACAUUGAGUCUGGCUCGUACGAGUAG